AUGAGUCGCUAUCUAACCCCAUCUAAAAUCGCCCUCCUGUGCCUCGUCUCCAUCUACACCGAAGGAGUCGUGCCCAACUCAUCCGCCAUCCACGUUCUCUCCUUCCUGGUGUCCUGUCUGAGUCCUCUGGACGCGAGCAACCCGCAUUCCACGUCGGGCCCGCGUGAAAAGCACUCCUCCGUGUCCAUCACCGACCUCGAGGAAGCGCUCUCCGCCCAGGCCUCUUCCAUCCCAGGUCGCUCCGUGUGGGACCUCUUCCUGCGCAAGGUCUGGUCCAUCGACUCGUGCGAUGCCCUGGAGGUUUUCUUCUCCGAUGUCUCGGACAUCCUGGUCAAGACGCGCGACGAGCAGCUGCGAGAUCGCGAUAAUGGUCUGGCGCCGGAGUCGGGCGUCAUGCGGCUGUCACGGUGUUCGCCGCUGGGCGUGUUUGUGAGACGCGCGCAAUUAGAGUUUACGAGGUUGCAGUUUCAUGAUUCUGUUCGGCUGUGGAAGGGGUUUGUUAAGUAUCGGUUGCCGACGUAUCGCGCGUGGGCGAGGAGGAAUCCGGCUGAGGAGCAGGCUACGGUUGAUAUCAAUCUUCUUGAACUGGGUCUGGAUGCGAAUAGUCCCCUUGCGAGAGUUGCGUAUGGGAAUAUCGAGGACGAAGAGGAGAAUGAGGAACAGUACGUCAGUACGAAAGAUGUGGAGCGGUUGCUGGAGUUUCAGAUUGGAGAGUUGCAAAGACUGGGAGGGAGAGUUCCUGACGGCAUGAAGACGACGCUGGAGCAAAUCAUCAACUCUGGCGUGACGCUACCGAACCUGGUGUAUUAUCUACGAUUCCUCGACGCCUGGCGGGCCGGAGACUACCCGUCUUCCUUUGACAAUCUCCAUCGCUACUUCGACUACACGAUGCACAGUCGGGAUCGCAGCUCGUACCAGUACGCCUUGCUGAACCUGGCAAUCCUGCAGGCCGAUUUUGGAUGCUACAGUGAGGCAGUCUCUGCGAUGCAGGAGGCCGUAUCCAUCGCUCGCGAGUCUCACGAUAUGAACUGCCUGAACUUCUGCAUGAGCUGGCUGUAUCAUUUCGGCAAGGCGUUCCCGGAGCAGAUGAAGGACGUGCAGAACACCGGCAUGCUGGGCAAUGAAAAGGAGGGACUUGCAUUCCUCAAGGCGAAGGCAAAGGAGACCGAGAUGUGGAGUUUGUUGAGUACGACCCUGCUGAGCGAAGCCAAGCUCGAGCUGCAAAAUGGCGAGUCGCUGUCGUCUUCGAUCGAGAAUAUCGUCCGGGCUUCUCAUCUCAACGUCACCAAGAAUCUUGUCAACUCUAUGGGGCCGCAACUUCUCCUACAGGGAGCGUUGUAUUUGCGAAUUGGCGUCUCGCAUCUCUCCUGGCUCAGCAACGAGAUCUUCCGCGAAUGCUACGCUGCUCGAUCUCCAUUUGAAGACUAUCUCAAAAGCACAUUCCGCAGCUGCCAGCUGCUCUCCCAACAAGGCUGUUAUAAAGAAGUCUCGACUCUCAUGAACCAGGUGGCCCCCGAGAAACUCCGACCCCUAAAAGCCAACCAAUACUGGACCUUCUUCUCAGGGCUCCUACAACUGAAGCGUCAAGUAUACCGCGACAACAAAACCGCCUGCACCUCCCUCCUCUCCCAACUCGAAGCCAUCCAGCUCCCAGACACCGACAUCUCCCUCCUCGCCUUCCAAACAACAGACUACCACAUCCGCCAAGGCAACUACACCCGCGCGCUCUCCCUCGUCGAAUCCACCGCCCAAUCCCUCCACCCGGAGAACUUCGACAUCAACUCCCAAGUGAAACUCCUCUGCCUGAAAGCCUCCAUCCUCGAGAAAACCGGCCAGCCACAACGCGGGUUCUCCCUCGCCAUGCGCGCCGCUAGCAUCGCCCACCGCGCCCGUCUCCUCCCGGGUCUCUGGGAAUCCGUGACCGUGCUGGCCGCCGUGUUACUUGCGCUGCGGGAGUUCGAAGCCGCCGCGGAGCUCGUGGAGAGCGUGAUGCCGCAGAUCUUGGAGUCGAAUGAUUGUGAUCUGGCGGCGAGGGCGUACUCGUUGCUCGUGGAUGCGAAUAUGGGUGUUGCGGGGAAGUUGAGAGCACAGGGUCAGGACCGGGCUAGUAAUACUCAUGCGACAGCAUCGGCGGGGGCGGUGGCGACGAAAGAGUAUAUGAAUCGCGCGCUGGAGUACCUGGACUGUGCAUAUGAACAGUUCGAGGAGAUCGAGGAUAUCAAGGGACAGUGCGAGAUGAUGGCCAAGAAGGCGACGGUCAUGCAUCUGACGGGGGACUUGGUGCUGGCGAAUGAUUAUGCCGCGAAGUAUCUGGAUUUGCAGAAGCAGGGGAGGUCGGAUGUGUAG